AUGUCAUCAAAAGGAAUAUCGUCUCAGAAAAUACGAAGUAUUAUGGAAAAGGCUGCUAUGCAUCCAAUGAAUGUUGCUGAAAUUUUUGAUCAAAAUAUCUGCGCCUUGAUAGACAAUAUUUGUUUGAGUAGCCAAAUGCCGUCGGAAUAUCUCAUUACCAUGUUACUUCCUGCUGUUGGUCACUUUGUUAAUGGUAGUCAGAUACGAACAAACACUGGAACGCCAACAAAUAUUUCUUUUUUUACGACGAUCAUUGGAUAUCCAAGCGUCAAUAAGUCCAGUGCUACAGAAGCUAUUUUAAAUGCAUGUCUCGUGAUAGAAAAACAUAUAGGUAUAAAACCCGAAGAUAGUCGAGUCAACUGUAGUGCUACUGUCGAGUCACUCUUGACUGAAUUAAAAAAUACAUCACCCAAACUCAUUCAAAUUUGUGAUGAAGCAGUUACUCUAUUACAAUCAUUUGGUCUCUAUAAACAAGGUGGUGCAGCAUAUGAUCGUUCAAUCAUGUGCACAUUAUAUAAUUCGUCUGCUGUCGUUAAACGUCAGACAAAAUCAGGAAGUGUUACAGUUGAAAAUCCUGUACUAAAUAUUGCAGCAGCAGCACAUCCAGCUGAUAUUUUUUCAUCUGUAUCUGGUGAAUCUGACGAAGAUGGUCUUAUGGCUCGAUUUCUGUUCUCUGCUCCUAAACCAUCUAUACCUUUAUCCAGUGAGAUAAGACCACUCAACAUUGAUGAACCCAGUCUUAAUCAUCUAUUAUACAUUAUAUAUUGCUUUAAUUUAUCAGAACUAAGUGAUGUACGACGAGUUGAUGGUGAAGAUAAUCGAAUAUUAUAUUCCUAUUCUGUAGCUGCACAAAAGGUCAUUGACGAUGUGUUUGACGAAUAUACUCUUCAAUUAAGAGAAGCAUAUGGCCUUGAUCAAGGUCUUGGAUCUAUUUUAGGCAAAGCAAAAGUGCAAGUCAGUCGAUUAGCUGGUGCACUACAUGCCAUCUCGCUAGCUUCUGCUGUUUUCGAUCAAUUGGUGGAUAGUGAUUUAUUACCUGGUUAUUAUGAUAAGAGCAAAGAAGUCUUUGAUAUUCUUAAGCAUGCUGUUAGAGAGUUUAAAGAAUCACAUAAAUGGAUGGUAGUUUCUGAAUAUACAGCACAAGCAGCCGUAGUUUUGAUGAAUUACUUCGUAACUCAGAAAAAAAUAUAUACAAAUCGUCCAGUACACGAAACUUUAGACGAAAUGCGACAGCGACUGGAACAAAAACAACGUGACCAAGAACAUGAUGAAAAAAAACAGAAAAUUUCGGCUCAAUUGCGACAGUCAAAAGUAUCGAUACGAACAGAUGAUGGAGGGGAACAAAAACACCCCGAAAAGGUUAUCUUAUUAGCGAAAGGUACAAAAGUACCAUGGAUGAACAUAGGUCUUAAUCAUGGAGGCUUCAAAGCUGUUACGUUACAUCAAGCAGCAGAAAAGCUUCAAAAAGAAAGUCUCGGUAUGUUAACAAAAGAAAAACAAACUGGUGCUCACAGAGCAACAACCUUUUUUACAAAAGUAUUAAUUGAUCCUGCAUGGGACUCAAAUACUCUCAAUUCAUUUUGCAACAGAUUAGCAAAAUACAAUGUUUCAUAUGAAGCUUAUCAAGCAUCAACAAUAGCUGAACUAAAUCCUUCGCCACCUAAUAACGACAAAGAAGCAGACGAUGAAGACAAUCAAAUGGACGCUUCGCCUUAUCGCGAACGCGCUCAAAAGACAUCAACAUCACCACCAACACCACCAACAAUUACAUCACCACCACCUCUUCGAUCAUUACGAACUUCAGUACCAACAAACCGUUCCCUACAGAAUGAAAACAUUCCACCAAAUAACACUUUAGAUUAUCACAUAACAACACCUACCACAUCUCGCCGAUUAACAAAUACAACAGAUGCAACCACCAUGAGUAAUACCCGAUCACCGUCUCGUCGCAUAACACCACCAAAUCAACAGCCGAAGAAGAAAAACCGAAUUGAACCUAUCGAUUUUCCAAUGUCACCAAUGCAAUCCCCACAAAAGACUCAACA